UUGUUUUCCUUCCCCAACCUUUUAUUUAGAACGACUGCGUCUGCAGUUCUAAUCGCACGCGACCGCAUUAUUCAGGAGCAACUGUUGCCAGGAUUUGACUUCAAUUUCACGGUGCUGUUUGAUCAAUGUGAUGAGAAGACGGCAGCUGGACUCGCAGUUACCCUCAUGCGUGAUUAUAAAGUGGAUGCCAUCUUAGGACCUACGUGCAGCUAUCCUGCGAUCGCAGCAGCCAUCAAUGCCGCCUACUACAACAUACCUAUACUCGUCUGGGGGCUGAGCACUUCAUCUCAGCUCAACGAUGUGGAGCGCUUUCCUACUGGAGGAAUAAUUUCUGUCAAUUCGUUCAGGUAAUC